AUCAAUUUUCUCUUUCAAGCAAGUGAUCAGAACAGAGAAACGCAGCAGAGGAAAGUGUUCUCUUCCUUCUCCCCAACAAAGCAAAUCGUGAUCCAAUCCACGGACAACCACCACACCACCGCCGGUCAGCCGCCGCGACCACUCGCCUACUCCUCAUCCUCCUCCUCCAUCUUUUGUGUUGUGUUUAAAGAGCUAUCUCCAUCUCUCUCCACAAACCCUAGUUCUUGUAAAUUGUAAGAUAGAAAAAUCAAUUGUUUCUUAGAUUAACUUUAAGAAACAAUGGAUAAAAAAUGGAUGUUUGCGGACCGAUUUUCAGAGGAAUAUGAAAAUGGAGUAGAAGAGUUUGUUAAGUUUGCUGUGAAACAUGCCACUGACCGCGAUCGAAUCAUUUGUCCUUGCUUAAAUUGUUGUUAUGGAGGAAGGGGUAAUGGGGUUGUGUUGCGAAAUCAUUUACUGGCGAACGGAAUUGAUCGAAGCUACACAUGUUGGACAAUGCAUGGUGAGAUGAGUAACAACAACGUAGAUUUUCAGAAUAAUGAGACAUAUGAAUCAAAUGAAUUUGACACAAAUACAUUUGACCAUGAUCGAGUUGACGAAAUGCUAGAUGUAGUUGAAGAAGAUCUUCGGGAUUGUCCUGAAAUGUUUGAGAGAUUGGUUAGUGAUUCAGAGAAACCAUUAUACGAUGGUUGUAGCAAAUUCACAAGAAUGUCUGCAGUAUUGAAGUUGUACAAUAUAAAAGCGAGAAAUGGAUGGUCUGAUAAAAGCUUCACAGACUUGUUAACCCUUCUGAUAGAUAUGCUGCCAAAGGAUAAUGUUCUUCCUAGUAGAAAUUAUGAAGCCAAAAAAAUGUUGUGCUCGAUUGGCAUGAGUUAUGAAAAGAUACACGCUUGUCCUAACGAUUGCAUUUUGUUUCGAAAUGAAUACGCAUUGUUAAAUGAGUGUCCUAAAUGUAAUGUCUCUCGAUAUAAGAAAGAAUUUAUUCCUGCGAAAGUCGUAUGGUAUCUUCCUAUAAUACCGAGAUUCAGGCGCAUGUUUAGUAGUGAAGUUGAUGCAAAACAUUUGACAUGGCACAAAUAUGAUAGAAUUAGAGAUGGGAAGUUUCGGCACCCUGCAGAUUCGCCACAGUGGGCUAAAAUUGAUCAUGAUUAUCCUGAUUUUGGGAAAGAAGCAAGAAAUCUACGCUUGGCACUGUCUACUGAUGGAAUGAACCCACAUGGUUUUCAAAGUAUCCCAAAUACCGUAUGGCCUGUGAUUUUGGUGAUUUAUAACUUGCCUCCAUGGUUAUGUAUGAAGCGUAAGUUCAUGAUGUUGUCGAUGUUAAUUUCUGGGCGCAAUCAACCAGGGAAUGAUAUUGACGUGUACUUGGCACCUUUAAUUGAUGAUUUGAAGCGUUUGUGGGAGACAGGAGUGGAGGUUUAUGAUGGAUAUAAGAAAGAAAACUUCAAUUUGAGGGCGAUGUUGUUUGGCACCAUUAAUGAUUUUCCAGCAUAUGGAAAUCUAUCAGGAUAUAGUGUUAAAGGUAAGAAAGCGUGUCCUAUUUGUGAAGAGGAAACUGAAACGUUGCGGUUGGAAAAUUGUCAGAAGAAUAUCUUUCUCGGUCAUCGUAAAUUCUUGCCUUCUAAUCAUCGCUACCGUGGGUGGAGAAAAGCAUUCAAUGGAAAACCAGAAAAAGGUGUAGCUCCAGUUGCAUUAACGGGUGAUCAACUAUUUGAAAAGGUGAAGGACAUGAGCAAUAAAUUUGGCAAACCUUUUGCAAAAGAUCUUGUUAAAAGCGGGUGGAAGAAGAAGUCAAUUUUCUUUGAACUCCCAUAUUGGAAGUCAUUAUAUGUAAGACAUUUCCUUGAUGUGAUGCAUAUUGAAAAAAACGUAUUUGAUAGCAUUAUUGGUACGCUACUAAAUGUACUUGGAAAGUCGAAGGAUGGCAUUAAUGCGAGGUUGGACUUAAUGGAUAUGGGAAUUAGAACUGAAUUGGCACCCGUGAAAGAUGGAAAGCGCACAUUUUUACCACCUGCGGCUCAUACUUUAUCAAGAAAGGAGAAAAAAGUAUUGUGUCAGUUUCUUCAUGAAGUUAAAGUUCCAGAAGGGUACUCAUCAAACAUUAGUAAUUUGGUAUCUAUGAAAGACCUCAAGAUAAGGGGUUUGAAGUCUCAUGAUUGCCAUGUUUUGAUGGAACACAUGUUACCAAUAGGUAUACGUUCCAUUUUGCCUGAAAACGUUAGAAGUGCAAUCACUAAACUUUGUUUCUUCUUCAGGGCGAUUUGUAGUAAAGUGAUCAAUCCAGAGAGCUUACAAACAUUGCAAAGAGAAAUUAGUGUUACUUUGUGUGAGCUUGAGAUGUACUUCCCACCCUCAUUUUUUGACAUUAUGGUUCAUCUAACUAUUCAUCUAGUGAAAGAGACACAAAUGUGUGGACCGGCUUAUAUGAGAUGGAUGUACCCUACUGAGCGUUAUAUGAAAAUAUUAAAAGGCUAUGUGAAAAAUCGAAGUCGGCCAGAGGGUUGUAUUGUUGAACGGUACAUCGUUGAAGAAGCUAUUGAAUUUCACACUGAAUAUUUGUCCAACGUUGAAUCCAUUGGACUUCCUAAUACAUCUCAUACGUCAGAAAGAAUAACUGGAAAAGGGCUACGUGGAAAAAAACUAGUGACAAUAUCGAAGACUGAAUUGGAGCAAGUACAAUUAUAUAUUUUGCACAAUGAUGACGAGGUUGAGCCGUAUGUUAAAAAACACAAGGAUGUACUGAAUACUUUGAACCCAAAUAGAAGUGAAAAUUGGAUAGCACGGGAACACAAUCGAAAUUUUGUAACAUGGUUUAAAAAUCAUAUUUAUUCGAAGUUGUCUGAAGAUCCUGCUUCAGUUUCAGAACGAUUGGCAUUCUUAUCACGUGGUCCCAAUUCACAUGUCUAUUCUUACACUGGAUAUGCAAUUAACGGCUACACAUUUUAUACCAAAGAACAAGAUGAUAAAAGCACUAUGCAAAAUAGUGGUGUCACCCUAGUAGCUGAAUCGAUGCACAUCUCAAGUGCCGAGGAGACAAACCCAGCAUACACAAAUCUAUCAUAUUUUGGGGUUAUCAAGUGCAUUCGGGAGUUCGAUUACACAAUGUUUCGAGUUCCUGUAUUUGGGUGUACGUGGGUUGAUAAUAAAAAUGGUGUUCGGAAUGAUGAGCCUGGUUUUUUGAAGGUGGAUCUUAAUAGAGUGGGGUACGAAGAUGAGCCUUUCAUUUUAGCGUCACAAGCUAAACAAGUAUUUUAUGUCACUGAUCCCGCUAAUGUAAAAUGGUCCAUGGUACUUUUGACCAACAAAGUUAGAGAUGAUAACAAUACAAAUCAAGAUGAUGAGGACGUUGAGGAUGAUCCUUUCUUAGCAAAUCCACGAUCACCUGAAACUGGUCCUACUAUAGAUGAUGAUUUGUAUGUUAGAGAUGAUCAUGCUGAGGGAAUUUCCAUCGAUCCAUCAUUCCAUGUAGUCAAAAAAAAGAAAAAAUGUAUUGCCGCAAAAAAAAAAAAAAAAAAAAAGAUCUAAAAACUCUUAAGUUCUACGGUUGUUAUUGAAGAUAAUAUUUCUUUAUAAGUACUCUUCUAAUUAGUAGCUUCUU